GCCGUUCUCUCUCUCUCCCUCCCUGCCUGCUGUGUGCUGCUGAUUCAUCACGAUUAGGUGGUUAGCCAGCCUGCCUGCCAGCCAUAGGCUACAUGCACAAGCCAUGCCAACCAGACUGAGUGGGGGCUUUCAUAGCUAAAGUAGACAAAGAAAGGGCUUGCUUGUCAAACGUAGGCUAAGCUAUAGCAUCGCACCACAGUGCAGAGAGAACAACAUGUGUGGCGGUUGGGAAUAUUUUUGAUAACUUCAUUGCGAGAUAGAUUGAUCAUAUCGAGAGUUACGGGGGGACUGGGAAUCCCCCCCUGGUUUUCAGAAAUCAGGCAUCGUUAAUCGGUUUACAUAGAGUAGGCUAGCUAGAUAAGGAAGAGGAAGAUAUAUCGUGUAUUCGGGAUGUGUAGCCGAGUUGGAACUGUCUAGAAAACGUGAUUAUAUGUUAGGUGGCUGGAGAUAUUCACAGCAGAAGAACUGUCCGAGUUUUCGAGUGCUGAAACGGAAGCAAGCGGAGCGGAGCGGAAAACGGGCCGCACUGGAUAGGGACGCAACAGCCGCGAGCGCGGUCAGCGUGUGUCUGUCUGUUGCUAUUUCAGAGGUGAAGAGGGAGCCGGGGGAGAAUGGGACCACCCUGACAGAUGAUGAGCUGGUGACUAUGUCCGUCCGGGAGCUCAACCAGCACCUCCGCGGCCUCACCAAGGAUGAGAUCCUGCAGCUUAAACAGCGCCGGCGCACCCUGAAGAACCGUGGCUACGCCGCCAGCUGCCGGGUCAAACGGGUCACCCAGAAGGAGGAGCUGGAGAAGCAGAAGUCACAGCUUCAACAGGAAGUGGAUAAGUUGGCGUCGGAGAACGCCAGCAUGAGGGCGGAGCUCGAUCACCUGAGGUCGAAGUACGAGGCGCUACAGAGUUUUGCAAGGACUGUGGCGAGGAGCCCGGGAGUGGGGUUAGGGGUCGGUGGUCAGAGGGGAGGUGGUGGGGUCGGGUCGGUGAUCGGGCCACUCAUACCGGGGAAAGUGGCGGCGACGAGUGUCAUCACGAUAGUGAAGUCGAAAACGGACGUGAGGUCUUAGUAGCGGGCUGGGUCAAGGAGGGAUGAGAGGGAAAAGGGAGGGAAGGUAGAGGAGGAGGAGAAGCUAAUUAGGACUAUUUAAAAAUGAAACCAUUGGUCACUGCAUCGUCAUUGAGCACAGGACAGAAUUGAAUCAGGGGAGGUGGCCCCCCUUUGAGAAAAUAUCACACCCUGGAUAGUAAUUACUGUGUUUCUACUGUUAUUUUGUAACUGUUGUACACGAGGUCCAAAGUUGUAAUUUUUAUGUAAUGUAGUUAUGCGUGUGUUGUGUCAUGGAAUACUGUGAACUUCAUCUGUGGCCGACUUUCCUUUUGGUAUCAUUCUAUUUGGCUGUGAUUUCUCUGAAAACAACUCUUUUUUUACCCAACGGGCUUCCGUACUCACAGGCACUUCCUUGUUUUGCAGAAACAGCUUGCAGAGCCGUCAAUUGAUUUAAGAUUUUAUCGUAAAAAUGACAGAGAAUUGUAUUUUGUAACCGCUCAUUGCACAAGAGAGACAAGAUACUUUCAGAAAAGUGAGGGUCUUCAGGAAGAGAUUGUUUUGAUUAUUUUACAUUUUUUUUGGUACUUUUCACACUUUUUCUCCCCAAUUGGAAGGUACAGUCUUGUCCCAUCGCUGAAACUCCCGUACGGACUUGGGAGAGGCGAAGGUCGAGAGCCAUGCAUCCUCCGAAACAUGACCCUGCCAAGAACCAGAAGCCAGCCGCACCAAUGUGUCGGAGGAAACACAGUACAACUGCCUACGGAAGUCAGCAUGCAUGCGCCCGGCCCACCACAAGGAGUCGCUAGAGCACGAUGGGCCACCUGUGCGCCCUUGGUCUGUAAUGACGCCACUUGGGAGGCCUAAAGAGGUUGUGUUUUAUCACAGGUACCUGUGUGUUUACCUGUGCUUAAUGUUAUGCACUGACCAAUUAUCACCAUAUUUCCAAUCUCCAUACAGGCCAGAGGGGUCUAGGCAUCUAAUCGCCAAGUGUUGUCCUGUUCCUGUCUGUCUGGGAGUUGUGUACUAUACUGUAGAAUUAGCUAUCGGGAUUACAUUGACUGACACGUGUUUAUGUGACUAGGCAAUUACUCCAUUCAAAAACUAACUGAAAAAUCAACAUUUUAGUCAAAAAUGUAUAGAAUUGAAAUAUAGUCCAUUUGAAUGUUUUUCUAAUUUAUUGUUAGAUUUGAUUUUGUUUCGUUUUUUGGGGGGAUGGCAAUAACAUACUAACGUUAUUAGUAGAGUUUGUUGACAUGGCCAAUAUUUCAACUGUCAAAAUAAUUAUUUAAAAAUCAUUUUUAUUUUCAGUUUUUAAACAGUGGACUGUUCAAUCUGUUAGUUGGGUGUAAUUCUCACAAGUCUUACCAUAAAGUUAUCAGUGUGAGUGAUGUUACGUAUUCUUCAAAGGAAUCUUUGUCUACAUAUGGUCACAUCUUGAAUUUUAUAAAUGACAUAGAGUAUCUUUACAUUAUUUAUAAAAGACCUUAAAAGAUAAUAAUCAAGGUAAAAAUUGUUUGAUAUUUCCUCUUUUUUGCAAUUGUACCAAAAGUGGCUUAACUAUUGAAGUUGAUAGCUUUGUCUUUCUAGUGACUAGGCGCGUGUGGUUGUUAUGGUGACCGUGAGGCUAGCGCGUGGUGGUGUGACGUUGUCAUGUACAGUACGUGACGAGGUAAUGAUGAUAUUAUUGUUCACUGUGUUGUUGUUAUGGAUACGUGAUGCUGUUUUAAUUUAAAGCGGGUGAUGUAGUCGAAGGUACCUAUGCUCUGCCCAGAUCCCUAUGUAACAGUGGUGGUUGUAUUAAUUGAUGUCUAUUAAUACUUAAUACACAUGUUAGUAAUGUGUUAUAAACAUGCAUUACAUAAAUGACAAAGUCUCUCUGAAUAGGAACUGUUUAUUUAGCAACUCAAUAAAACGUCUAAAUGUAUAAAAGCCUGAAUAUUCCAAAUGAGUUUGACAAACUGGGAGAAUAAAGAGAUACAGCGUUACCAAGAUACAGCGUUUCCUAGGAUACAGCGUUACCAAGAUACAGCGUUACC